AUGACUGAUAGCGAACCAUUGGCAGCGGCCACCCGCGCCGAAAUCUUGAACUGCUUUGACAAGACACCUCAAAAGCCACGCAUGCCGAGCCCAAUGUCGCACCACCUCACACAAAGUCCGAAAUCAUUACAAAGCUCGGUAUCGUUCACCGACUCCGGCUAUUCUUCCCCCGACGAUCCGAUUCUUUCUCAGCCCCAGGAGAUUCUGAAGGUCAACGUCGGUAAGCCGCUGUUAACCAAAGGAAUCCCGGUCAAACUGGGUGGGCAAAGCAUGCUCAGAUUCAAGAGACCCCCCGAUAAGCCAACGGUCGAACGAUUCAAUGAGAUUGUCGACCGUAUACAGCCUUUGCUUGUUGAACAUAUCAAAAAAUAUGGCGGACGGACCGGCCCGAUAGCGCUGCGCUCCAUGGUUCUUGGGACACCCGAGGAAAGUGCCCAAGAGCACAUCGUCGUACUCUGCCCUGGCCAAAUGCUUGAAGUUGUCGAAAGCUUCUUCGAAAAAAACGUCGUUAUCAAGGAGUUGUGCAAGCCGUCAGAUCCGGAAGUGCCGACGUUCAAAGUCGUCAUCGAGGGCCGAGGACCACGGUUGACGGCUUCGUUGGCAGGCGUGGAAGUCUUUACUUGCGACGAUUUGGGUGGAUUGUUGUCUUCAAGAAGCCUCUGUGGACUACAUCUGAGGCUUUUGGGCCCCAAUUUGACUGUAAAAACGGCGACUUGCGGCGGUGUCAUCAAAGUAGUCGGGAGCGACGGUAUAAGUACAUUGUACGGCUUGACAGCAGGCCACAGCGCCUUUCUUAACGAACAGAGCUCAGGUUCCUCCAGCGAGAUUGCUUCUGAUCAGGACGAAAACAAGGAUGUCAACUCUGGCCUGUUCUGGCAGUGUAUGAGCAACCCGAGCAUCGGCAGGGUGCUGGAAAGCAAGAGCAGUAGCUUCGACAACACAAGCCUCGCUCAUGACUGGGCUUUGAUAGAGUUGAAUGGCUUCUACAAACUGGGCGCGAAUGCUUUCGGGUCCCUGGGGCCUCGGGGACUCUGUUAUGAGCGCCUACUUACCAAUCAAGUGGGAAGGCUCCUCCCAGGUGACUCCCAAGUGGAGGUUGAGACGAUUCUGGGGGGCGGAAUACCAAAACCUGGUGUUCUUUCGAACACACCGACCAGGAUUCUGAUGGAAUUCGCCGAUUCUUUUACCCAGUCGUAUGUCUUAACGCUAAACGAGGGCGAAGUUGCUGAGGGGGAUUCCGGCGCCUGGGUAGUGGGAUCGUCCAUCGUGGACGUGUUUGGGCACGUUGUUGCUACAGACAUGUUUGGAGAUGCCUACGUUUUCCCCUUAGACGAAACCUUUCAGGACAUCAAAAUAAGCCUUGGUGCGAAAUCGGUUCAUUUACCCUCCUUGGAAGAUUUCACCAGCCCGAAGUUGAACCGGCCUUCUUCGAUUGACCGAUUCAAAAACUCUGACAACAGCAGCAGCGAAAUUUCCCCUUUCUCGAGAGACUCCGGCUAUCCAUCUUUUCCACCAAAUAGUCCCAUUCAGAAAUUGAUGAAUGACUGUCAUCCCACCAGCGGUCAAGGGCUAGACAUACACCCGACACCAGCUACUAUAUCAGACGAGACGCUAUUCUCGUCGACAUGGGAGUACGACUCGAGUUCAUGGGAUACCUUGAUUGCCGAUUUCGAAGCACAUGCUCCAGUCAGCGGACAAAUUGAGUCGUUGGACCAGUCAACCACAAUUGCAAUGGCCAACGAAUCACAUCUAUUGGUAUCAGACGACAUCUACAGGGCCAUAGGCACCGAUUUCGUCGAUUCCACAUACGGAUCGUGUGACCCCAGUCCUGAAAUGAAUAGCUUCAACAAAGCCAAGAUGAGCAGAUACUCUCUGACGCUGAUGGCUUUUCCCAACGCGGGAUACCUCAAGAUUGGCCAAGAAGUGAACACUGAGGAAGAUCGCAUCGGAUCAAGCAAGCGGCCGCGGCUGGAUGAGGACUCGAAGCCAGCUCAAGUGUUCAAGCGCAGGAAAGCUCACUCACAGAUCGACUCCAAUGAAGAUCCCAAGGCUAAAUGAAGUAGGUGGAUCGCAAAGCUUUGCCUGGUUCAUCACCUCCUAGCGAGAUCUGGUAUAUGAACGUGAUACCUGCAUUGACCCAACGGACCAAUUGCCGAAGGGAACAUUGAAAUGACUAGUCAUCAGAGGACUAUAGUAGCGACUAUCAGAGGACUGUAGUAGAGACUAUCAGGGUUAGGGGUUUCAAAUAGUUAUUCGGAGCUUCGCUAUGGAUGGGAAUGGCCAUCUAUGGAGAGAGUAUAUUGGUUCCUCAACCACUUGCCUGGUUUAUAGCUUAGG